AUGAGGUCCAAGUUCAAGGACGAGCACCCCUUCGAGAAGCGCAAGGCCGAGGCCGAGCGUAUUCGCCAGAAAUAUGCCGACCGUAUUCCAGUUAUCUGCGAAAAGGUCGAGAAAUCAGACAUCGCCACCAUCGACAAGAAGAAGUACCUUGUCCCCGCAGACCUCACCGUCGGCCAGUUCGUCUACGUUAUUCGCAAGCGCAUCAAGCUGUCGCCCGAGAAGGCAAUUUUUAUCUUCGUCGACGAGGUGCUUCCACCCACAGCGGCGCUGAUGAGCAGUAUUUAUGAAGAGCACAAGGAUGAAGAUGGGUUUCUAUACAUUACAUAUUCCGGCGAGAAUACCUUUGGCGACUGCUGA